GGGUGGAGCGAGUCGGAACGCUCUCUCAUUGGUCAGUUCCCACAAGACCACGUUGCAUACUCGAGUAAAGCUUAUUGAUCCAUCAGAGCACCUUUUCCUCUGCAAAUAUGAAAAUUUUGUAUUGUCUUCUUCAUCGGUUCACCAUUUCCCACACUCGCACAAGAAGAAACCUAUAGUCGUAUUAUACACAUUUAUACGUAUACGACAUAGACGUGCACAAUAGUGCCGCCUCUAAUCAAGCGAUUCGCAAAUUCUACAGGCUGUUAAUUUUAUUCGGCUUGAAGAUCCGAUUUGAAACCCUAGCUUUUCUUUUUUUGGUCUGUGUUGUGAUUUUGAUUUCUGUGCCUGGGUGCUAUGGCGCAGCGAAGAUCAAAAUUACUGUUGCUCGUGUGCUUUUUGUCGUACUAUUUAAUUGCCAUUGCUGCGAAGAGUUAUUAUGACAUCCUCCAAGUGCAGAAAGGAGCUUCGGAUGAGCAAAUAAAACGUGCCUAUCGAAAGCUUGCUUUGAAGUAUCACCCUGAUAAGAAUCCAGGAAAUGAGGAGGCGAACAAGAAAUUUGCAGAAAUCAAUAAUGCUUAUGAAGUUUUGUCGGAUAGCGAAAAGAGAGGCAUAUAUGAUAGAUAUGGCGAGGAAGGUCUGAAGCAGCAUGCUGCUAGUGGGGGUAGAGGAGGAGGAGGGGGCAUGAAUAUUCAAGACAUUUUUAGUUCUUUCUUCGGUGGCGGUUCGAUGGAAGAGGAAGAAAGGGUUAUCAAAGGUGAUGAUGUGGUUGUUGAAUUGGAUGCCACGCUUGAAGAUCUAUAUAUGGGAGGCACUUUAAAGGUUUGGAGGGUGAAAAAUGUAAUAAAACCAGCUCCUGGGAAGAGGCGCUGCAACUGUAGAAAUGAGGUUUAUCACAAGCAAAUUGGUCCGGGGAUGUUUCAGCAGAUGACAGAGCAGGUCUGUGAGCAGUGCCCAAAUGUGAAGUAUGAAAGGGAGGGUGAUUUUGUCACCGUAGAUAUCGAGAAAGGAAUGCAGGAUGGGCAAGUAAGUUUUCUUCCUUUUUCGUUGCUUUUCCGCGUACGUACUGGACCUCAUGAUCGCUUCAGGAGGGAAGGCAAUGAUAUGCACACGACAGUCAAGAUAACUUUGGUUCAAGCUCUUGUUGGUUUUGAGAAGACCAUUACACACCUCGAUGAACAUUUGGUGGACAUUAGCGCCAAGGGUAUUACCAAGCCCAAGGAAGUGAGGAAGUUUAAAGGCGAAGGUAUGCCAUUACAUUUCAGUAACAAGAAGGGAGAUUUAUUCGUCCUGUUUGAGGUUAUUUUCCCCACCUCGUUAACAGAGGACCAAAAGACAAAGAUCAAGGAGAUACUAGUUUAGGUAUACUAUUGUAAUGUAAGAUUGUGCUUACAUAUUCUAAGCCACUAAAUUUAAUUUUUACAUUUUGAUGUUUACUCUUUUUGCAAUUUUGUUCAAUUAGUUGAUCAUUCGUUAAAGAGCUGUAAACAUUUUGGGGUUAUCUGCAUUUUACUUGUUUUUAGCAUGAUUAGACUAAUUGCUUCUUGAUGCUGUAUGAAACCCUUUUGUAUAAAGCAUUUUAGCAAUUUAAUGCAGAGGUAUUCUGCGGUUCCA